AUGCAAAGAUACGACCUCUCUGCCUCCCAUCGCGAACCGAAACCUCGCGACUUUGUAGGGCUGAAAACAGCUCAAAUUCGUCUGGAUCCUGCAGAGUUGGACUCAGAUGACUCUACUCGGGUGAAGCUUAGACGCGAACCAAUAUCUUCAGAGAUGCUCCCUGCUGCGGUCAAUCAUGAUGUUAGCCCUGUACCAUGCCGGUCAGCUCCAGAUCAAGUCGCCGAAAAUAAUCGAGAGCUUUCCGCAGCAAGUGAACCUGUCCCUGUAGAGAUAGCUCGGUCAAAACGCGAUGAUUUGACAAGAGAAGCCUUUGAAACUCUCGAUGAAAUGAAGAGCCGUCAUCAUAGGGAAUUUGAUGACCUACAGCGACGUAUAACACAAAAAAGAUAUCUUGCAACAGACGAAACCAGAGAUGAAAUCAAUAGGCUGUGUGAGGACAUGGAGAGACGACUAAAAAAACGACAAUAUAUGGAAACGCCGUUGUUAGUGGAUCCGGAUAACCGGAAUCGUCGAAGGAUAAAACAGUUCAAAGCAGAUGAGUCAAAAGAGCAUGCUGCAGCGAUUUCUAAUAUUGAUUCGGAGUUGCAAUGGAUGGAGACCGAGAAGGCUCUUCUACAAACUCUUGAGGCCAAGCAAAGAGAACUAGGUCCCGACGAUAUUUCCACAAUCGAUACCGUGAAAAAUACUGCUCCUGGUCGAGCUGAACACAUGUAUUUACGAGCUCUAAAUGGGUAUCAAAAUGCAACCGGUCCCACGCAAAUGCUAAUCAGUGCGGUAAUAAACGACCUUGGUCGCAUCUAUUACCGGCAGGGUAGUAUGACUAAAGCUGAGGAGAUGUAUGUUCAAGCUUUGGCUAAUUUUGAAAGAUACUUGGGAAGCAAUCACCCCACAACUCGCAACACAGCAAACAGGCUCGGUCAUGUUUAUCAAAAGCAGGGCAAGCUUCAGGAAGCGCAAAGACUCUUUGGACAAUCGACAGCUCCGGGAGUGGAGUCAUCUCCAGAUACAGUCAAAGAUGGGGCUGCAGGAAUAAAUAUUUUGCAAUCUGAUUUCAAACAAAGAGAUAACCUCACAGGUACGAGGAAUUUUACCAGCAAUAAUAUUCGAGAUCUUGGGAAAGCUUUUCGAAACACUGAUGAUUCGCACAAUGUCAACUCUCAAAAUCAAUUUGAUAUUGUGCGAUGGUCGACCUCAGAAGAUGCUUCUUUGCUAAGAACUAUUGCCAGACUCGGAUUGGAAGAUUGGCCCGCUGUCUCAACGGUAGUUGGAACUAAGACGGCUGAUCAAUGCCAUUACCGUUAUCUCAGAUUCGAGAAGAGCUUUGGAAUUGACCCUACCUCUUCUGAUAAAUCCUCGCAGAUCAAUUUUUUCAUGGCUGCUAUUGAGAAGAAUUCCUCGUCAGAAUUGGCACACUGGUUGCGUGAUCAUCGAAAUAUCUCGGAAGAUGGGGAUGGUAUUGUAUCACGAUCAAAUAAAGGCAGCGCCGAGCUUAUAGAAAGGGGCAAUGAGGCACCUUCCACGCCUGUAUCUAAAUCUCCAGUUGCCAGUAAAUCUCUAGGUAUUGAAGAGUUCACACAUUGGAAGAAUGCCAUGGGGAGUAAAAUGCUUGACAUGGGUAUUCAAUCAAACCGAGAUACCCACAGAAAGAGUUCGAGUCAGCUAUCUACUGAAUUAGGUCACGAUGGAUAUGGAUACACAAAGCCCAUGCCGGAAAGAACUGCACUCGAAAUUGCGGAGUUGAGAGCUGAAAGAAGGGCAGAGAUCGAGAGACGUUGUGCGGAACUUGAUCCACCUUUAAUCAAGGAUUUGCUAGCCAACAUACCCUUAUAUAGAACAACUAUCCAAGAUGUCCGUCCUUUGACUGAACUUGGCUGGGAAUUCUUGAAGCGAAAUUUUCUGGCGGAGCGCACUAUUUCAGAGUUGAAAUCCAGCGAUUUGUCAGAUUUACCUCACAUUAAGAGAUUAUACAAUGAGUCUGGUAGGGAGGAUACGGGUGACAUGAUCGCCAAACGGGAUCUCAUGGCCAAUGAGCAGCAAAAAGCUGUUACUGACGGAUGGCAACAUGGGUUCAGUCCAGAAAUCCUUAAUUCUAUCUCUAUCGAAAGCCAAAAUUAUAUUGUAGCUUCAACUAACGAACAAGCUUUAAGUUCUGGUCGAGCUAAUGAGUUCGACCAGACCAUGGGUCCAACUAGCGAAGCUCACAAAAGUACCCAACUCGAAUGUUCUUUAGACGCAGAAAAUAGUUCGGCCGGAUACCAGAAUCAUGCGGGUUCUUACGAUACAAACACUGUCAAGAGACUUCGACGGUCAGAGAAUUAUCAUGAUUGGACUGUUGUUGCUCAUGAUCAUAGAUUAGAAAGCCGUGGCGAGUUGACUAGAGAUACUGUUGAUGUAAAUACGAAUUUACUAACAUCUCAAGAAGAGCGCAUGAAACAAUAUACGUCUGAGAAUAGAAGGAAAGACAUUGUGAAGUUGUCCCAACAGCAAAGUUCAGGGAAAACAUGGAUACAUACUCCCGAGAUUCCGGCGAACUCACAGAUUGUUGACUCGCAAGACAUUAAAGAGAAACUAGCGGAGACAGCAAUUGAUUUGGCAAAGUUAAUAUUAGAAAAGUCACAGUGGCUAGGGCAAAUGGAUGGCGAUGAAUUGGAUCAUGCGAUAACAAUGCUGGGAAAUGAAGUCUACAGCAUGUUGCACGAAAAAGGUUGGCCACGAACAACAUUAGCGAUGUAUCGAGAAGUACAUAUCAAAGCAAUUCGUGAUCUUCUUACCCGCCACCAAAAUGAUCGAGGCCUGGGAUCUUCAACUCUCUCGUCAUCGACAUUAUCUGAAAAUGGCGCAAACAAUGAUUCUCAUUCGAGACUACCAAUCGAGGACAUACUUGAUGACCAAAGCGACAACUCUUUUGAGUUCUCCACUACGGAUUCCGUGGUAUCGGUUGCAGAUAGUAUAUUUUCAGCAAUGUCACUUGCUACGGGGUCCUCGAUGUCAUCUUUUUCAGUAUCUCAGACUGCAACUGACCGCUUAGUUCGUUUACUCCUUGAAGAUGCGAUCAUAAAGCCACUCUGCGAAGAUGCGUUGCAGGAGAAUGGAAUGUCUCGGGAACGAUUUGAGCGGAAUCUCAGCCGUCUACUGAAGGGCUUUGCUGUCGAACUACGAAAAGAAGCUCAAACUCGAGAACAGCGACAGGCCGCACAUCUUGUUCGUUUUCGUGCAAGAAACUCUGCACAUGUGAUUUGCAGUACUCUUCGGACAGAAAAGGAACAAAAAGGCACAAAAAAUGUCAGUGACUCCAGUGGAGCUGCCCCUUUGAAUGUUGAAGAAGAAGAAAUAGAGUGCGAUUUGGACAUAGAUGACGAUUCGGAUAGUGGAUCUGAGAGUUCUGAAGAUGCUUCCGAUGACUUUCAACAUCUUGAACUUUUUGUCAAGGACUCAAAAGCCUUCGAAUUGUUUCGGGAGAAACUACGAAUUUUCAUUCAUCCACAGAAAGCACAGCUACCAAUGGUAGCCAGUCGACGAAAUAGUUUAUCUUCAAAGACAAACAACUGGGCGAUUGCAUUACCCGGAAAAUCUGAUGACUUCAAGAGUGAACUUGUUGCAACCCCGAAAGAUGUAGGGGAAAACAGAACUCAGCUCAUGGCAUUGAACGAUUUCCAACGGUAUUUAGCAGACACACGGUCAGAGAUAAUUAGGGGGGUAUACCAACCAAUCUGGCAAAAGUUGGCACUAUUUUCUAAUAAGAUUUCGACAUGCGGAAGACCGCCAGUUGCAAUUGGAAAGACACGGGUUGAAUGGCGUUGUAAAUGUGGACAGAAAAUUUAUGAUGAUUUCACUGAACUUCGUCCUGGAGCAGCAAAUCGACUUAAGCAAGCUCUCACAAAUAAUGACUCUGGUAGCACCAACACAAACCGAAGUUCAAGUUUCAGUGACUGCAGCAAAUCUUUUUCGAAAAGCUUAUCUUCCAUUUUCACUGUCUGGUCUUCGAACUCCUCGAGGAAAAGUCUCUCCUCUGGCCUACCCACCCACGAACCAUCAAAGAAUCAACUUGAUUCGAACAAUCCAAACACCGUAAGACCAAUACCGCUUCCAGUCGAGAAUGUAUAUCUCCUUAUAUGUUACCCAUCUGGUCGCUACGCCACUAGACUUCUGCAGUUGGGUCUUCACAAUCUUGAACCUAAAUCUGAUCAGUCACUCUUCACUAUACUUCGAACUAAUUAUAAAUCAAUGAGAAGUCGAUUCUUGAGCCUGAUAUCAUUGAAGACUCUCAGAUCGAUAAAAUUUGUCCACUUCGAGAUGUACCGCAGCUCUCUCAUCGACGUGCGUCAACAAGAUGUCAAACCACCUCCCGACCACAUCGAAUAUCGUUACUCGCCCGCACCUCCCGAAGUGAUUCCUCCCAUUGGUGAAAAUAAUCUCAUGCACCUCUUUCUGCAUCCUGAUCACGCCGACGAAGAUACUGUGUGUCUUGACCGAUUCCCUAAGAAGUUGAAGGAGAAACUUUCUUGUAAAAAAGGACAACCUACAAACUUUGGCUGGGGACUAGAGUUUGUGGAAGGUUGGGACAUGAAAAGCAUUUGGAUAGUCGCCUUUAUUUCUUGGAUUGGAAGCUUACUGCUUGGAAUUCUUUGGGCAGUUUAUACGCAUAGUAUUCAGGAUGCCUUUACGAUCGCGGGUUACAUGGUUAGCUUUACCGCGAUUAGUGUGGGAGCCAUACAGAGCUUAUUGGUAAUGUAA